AAGUGUUUGUCAAUUGUCACCCUUUGAAUUUCUUGGGGUGUAGAUUAUUUUCCUUUCACCUUCUCCUCCGCUCCGCGUCAAUCUCAGAAAUACCGAUUGAUUUUUUAUUUAUUUUUUAAAUAAAAAAAAAAUUGAAGAGAGAGAAAGCUAGAGAGAGAGAGAGAGAGAGAAUUGAGGGGCGAUUGCCUUUCUAGUCCGGCGAGAGAUGACGCCGUUUAACAGCUUGAGGUAUUACCUCUCGGAGCACCCUUCUAUCGUCGGAUUCCGAUGGAGCCACGCUCAAUCAUGGGGCUCCACGUGGUCAUUCCUCUUCUCCUCCAUCGCCCUUUACAUCUCCGCCGCCGUCCUCCUCCACGCCCUCCUCCUCCUCCUCUUCCGCCACCGCCGCCCCCUCCCGCUGGGCCCCGUCCCCGCCGCGCACUCCCUCUGCAUGGCCCUUAUCUCCGCCACCAUCUUCGCCGGCACCGUGCUCUCCGCCGCCGCCGAGAUCCGAGAUUCGCGGUGGCUGUGGCGCCGCUCCCGCACCACCCCGUUCCAGUGGCUCCUGUGCUUCCCGCUCGGCACGCGCCCCUCCGGGCGCGUGUUCUUCUGGUCGUACGUGUACUACCUGUCGCGUUUCCUCCACGCGCUCCGGUCGUUCGUUGCGAUCCUCCGGUACCGGAAGCUGUCGUUCUUCAAGCUCUUCAACCACUCGAUCAUGAUAUUCAUGUCGUUCCUCUGGCUCGAAUUCUCCCAAUCGUUUCAAGUUCUGGCCAUCCUUCUGACGACGCUCGUGUACUCCGUCGUGUACGGCUACCGGUUCUGGACGGCGGUCGGGCUGCCGAGCGCGUGCUUCCCAUUCGUGGUGAAUUGCCAGAUGGCCCUGCUGAGCUGUAAUCUGGUGUGCCAUUUCGGCGUGCUCCUGCUCCAUUUCGUCAAGGGCGGAUGCAACGGGAUUGGCGCGUGGGUUUUCAACUCCGUCCUGAAUGGGGCAAUUCUGUUACUGGUGCUCAAUUUCUACGUCAAAAUGCAUCUCCGGAAAGUAAAGGCCCGCGGCGGCGGCGGUGGCGCAGAUGACGGCCGUUUAGUAGAAAUGGUCAAAGACAGAGAUAGUUGAGGUCUGACAUAUUUAUUUCUUUUUACCCUUUUCUAUUUUAGUAGUAGUAGUAGAUUAAUGCCACAAACUAUAAAUAUAUAUGUAUAUCUUUUAUAUAUAUAAUAUGAUCAGUAUUAUAUGUAACAUAUAGUAAGUAAUGUCAGUGAAUUAACAAGCCCUUUUCCAGUAGUGACUAAAUAUAACAGUGAAGAAGAAAUUAGCAAAAA